AUGCCGAUCCCAGGCCUUGCUGGCUCGGCAGCUCCAGGCCCGGCGAUGCCGAACCUAGACGACGCUAAGGCUCGGGCGGAGAUGAUGGCUCGGCAAGUGAACGAGGAGUUAGCGAAGCGCGGGAUAGGCGUGCAGCGAAAGCCGGAAACAGCGGCGGCAGGGCCGCCGGGAAAACCGCCGGCAGAGGAGAUUGUUAAGGAGGUGGUGAUCAACGAGUGUAACCCUAACGUGCGUUACCAGCUCACGCGCCGCGGCACUCAAGACGAUAUUCACCGCAAGACGGGCGCGGUGAUUUCCACUAGGGGCAAGUUCUGCAACAUGAACGAUCCGAAGAAUCGCGACCGUCCGUUGUAUCUGCACGUGUCGCCAUCUGCCGAGGCCAAGACGCCGGAGGAGAAGCAGCGGAUGGUGGACGCGGCCGUCCGUAUGAUCGACGACAUCAUGAAUCUACGGCCAGGAGAGCAGCCCAGGGCUCAGGCGCCCGAUCGGGCCGAUCCGGGCCGGACCUAUGACCCUGCAUACGGCCCUCCUCCUCCCCACGGUUACCCAGGCUACCCCCCUCCUGGGGGUGCUCCUGCUCCGUAUCCCCCUCAGGGUGCCCCUGGGUAUGGCCCUCCCCCGCAGGGUGCACCUGGUGAAUACCCCCCGCAGGCACCAGGGCAGUACCCUCCUGGCCAAUACCCGCCGCCUGCUUACCCCCCUGCUGGUUACCCUGCUGCCGCCCCGUCCCCAUAUGCACCUUCCCCGGGUGGCGCCUAUGGGGCACCCCCGCCUGGGGCGUAUGGGGAGGGGUACGGUGCCCCGUCCGCAUCUGCUGGGUCUAUCCCUCCGGGCAGCAACAUCGUGCUGGUGUUUGCAGGGACUCGUACCUGGAGCACAUUCACACGUCUACAAGCAUCAAGGCGACGCUGCAUGGGCGGUGCUCCAACAACCACGAGAUCAAUGGGGAAGGUGAGGGCAGGGACGGCCAAGGUGAGGGCAGGGACGGCCAAGGUGAGGGCAGGGUCGGCCAAGGUGAGGGCAGGGACGGCCAAGGUGAGGGCAGGGACGGCCAAGGUGAGGGCAGGGACGGCCAAGGUGAGGGGGGCCAAGGUGAGGGCAGGGACGGCCAAGGUGAGGGCAGGGACGGCCAAGGUGAGGGCAGGGUCGGCCAAGGUGAGGGCAGGGACGGCCAAGGUGAGGGCAGGGACGGCCAAGGUGAGGGCAGGGUCGGCCAAGGUGAGGGCAGGGACGGCCAAGGUGAGGGCAGGGUCGGCCAAGGUGAGGGCAGGGUCGGCCAAGGUGAGGGCAGGGACGGCCAAGGUGAGGGCAGGGACGGCCAAGGUGAGGGCAGGGACGGCCAAGGUGAGGGCAGGGACGGCCAAGGUGAGGGCAGGGACGGCCAAGGUGAGGGCAGGGUCGGCCAAGGUGAGGGCAGGGUCGGCCAAGGUGAGGGCAGGGACGGCCAAGGUGAGGGCAGGGACGGCCAAGGUGAGGGCAGGGACGGCCAAGGUGAGGGCAGGGACGGCCAAGGUGAGGGCAGGGACGGCCAAGGUGAGGGCAGGGACGGCCAAGUCACCUCUUCUGAGAAUUCUUAAAAGGCACAUCUCCCUCAUCGCCUCUUCUUCCCCCUCCAUACUCUCCCUCCCCGUAUUGUUCCCACCCCCCUCGUGCGCAGAGCUCAAUGCGCCCCUACACAUCUCCCUCACGGCCAGUGACGGUGCAUCGGCCGCACAGAUGGCCGAAGCAAAGAAGCUGGCAGAGAGCCUCAUAGACACCAUCCGGGACGAGUGGCAGCAGCAGCAGCAGUCAGGGGGCGCAGGGGGCGGAGGCGGAGGGGGAGGAGGCGGAGGGGGUGGGGGAGGGGGUGGUGGAGGGGGAGGGGGGGAGAAGGACGGGGGUGGAGGGGGAGGCGUGAGUGGCCCAGGGUAUGCGGCGUAUGGGGGGUUGUAUUCGCAGGUGGGCAUGGGGGGAGGGGGAGGGGCGGGGAGGAGCACAUCGGGCAAGGGGAGAAAGUUCCGGGAAGUGACUGACGUGGGAGGGGGAGGAGGGGGUGGUGCUGCUGCUGCUGGUAAUACUGCUGGUGGUGGUGCUGGUGGGAGUGGUGGUGGUGGUUCGUCUGGUGGGGGUGGUGGUGGUGCAGGGAAUGGUACAGGUGCCCACCAGUCUUCCUAUGGCUCGAGGAAGAUUGAGUUUUCAUCAAGCAAGCUAGCAAGCAUUUGCAUACCUCGGUAG